UCGAACGGUAGAUGACGCGAUCAAUUUGCGAAUAAGAAUUGCACGAAGUCCAAUAAGUGAUCAAGUAAACUCGUGAUCUAUUUUUCAAUGUAGAAAAAAAAAGUAAAAAAAGACGUGUCAGACCAAAUAAGAGGAACGAGAUAAUAAUGUGCACAUGGUUUUAUAUAUUUAAGCGAGGAGAAGUGGCAAAGGUAACGUCAAAAGAACAGUGAUUAUAUAGUAUUAAAUUAGAACGGAAAAAUAUAGUUCAAUGAUUGGAAGGUAGAUGUCGCGAUUAGUUCGUCAAUACGUGUUACAGGAAGUACAACGAAUCUUUAAAUAAGCUCAUGAUCCAUUUCGUAAUAAAAAUAAAAAUAAAAAUAAAAAUAAAAAUCAAAUAAAACGAUAAAAGGAGAAACAAAAAGACGGGUGUUGCACGAAAUAGGAUAAAACUAGAAAAAGAUAUAUACGCGUUUGAAAGUUUCAGAGAGAGGAAGUGAAAAAAGAUACGAAAGAAAAAUAGAUAUCAGAUCGUAUCGAAUUGGAACGAAAAAAUAUAGUUGGACGAUCGAAUGAUAGAUGGUGCGACUAAAUCGAUAAUACGUGUAAUAUGAAAUGAAAGGAACGAGACAAAAAUACGUACGUAGAUACUGUAGAUUAAAUCGAUCAGAAUUAAUAAAGAUAACGAGAGAAGAAAGAAAUAAAGGUUACGUUAUAAAAUAUAAACGAAUCAAAUAGGAACGAAGAGAAAGGUGUAAUACGACCUUUCGAACGUUAGAUGGCGAUAGUGCGUCCGGAAGCUUAUCGAACGAGCUAGCAGAAGGAGUAGGAAAAAGGGGGCGCUGUCGUGGAAAUACCAGAGGAAGCUUAGAGCGAAACGCUAGUCGAGUGACGCCACGCAAACGAAAGGAUAGAAAGAGUGUUUCACGGAGGCGCCAUAAUAGCGCCAUUUAGAGAGGGAGCGGUAUUGUACAUUUCGUUUCGUGCGAACGCGAUAGACGCGCGACGCUUUUUCCCGCUUCUUAUUACCGACGCUCGGCGUCAUUCCUUCGGUUCGUGGUUGUCCCCUCGGCGACGACACGAGAGAGAAUACCAGAGAAAAAAUAUUCUUAGAUAAAUAAUUGGUGAUAGACGGGAAAGGCGGAGGAACGAAAAAGUAAGGAAGAAGAAGAAGGAAGAAGAAGAAGAAGAGAAGAAGAAGGAAGGAAGGAAGAAAGAAGAAGGGAAAGAAAGAAAGAAAUAAAGAGAAAAAAAAAGAAAGAAAGAACGAACGAACGAACGAACGAACGAACGAACGAACGAACGAGGAGAAAAAAAGAAAGAAAGAAAAGGAGAGAACAGGGAUUGUAUCGGAGGUGGUGUUCGGUGGCGGUGCUAUCGGUGUUGGAUGAGGUGGUGGUAUUAGUAAUAGUGUAGUAGUAAUAUAGUAGUAUAGCAGCAGUACUAGUAAUAGUAGUAGUGUGAAGAAGGUGGACGGUGACCGGUGACACGAACGUGGUGUGUGUGCGUGUUUUUCGGUACUUCUCGCCGAUAUCGUUCGGCGAACGUUGGAUGUAUCUCUCUCUCUCUAAGUAAAUGACGUCGGGAGUGUAUAGCGUAUAGAAAAAGAAAGAGAGAAAGAAAAAGAGAGAGAGAGAGAGAGAGAGCAACGCGUGUAUGAGGUAGGACGCGCCACGACGCGCCACGACGCGAACUAUCCGAGAUAUCCCUCGAUACUUGCAAUUAGAACGAAAACCUGCAGAGAGAGAGAGAGAGAGAGAGAGAACGAAAUAUAUACACGAAUAUAGAGAUACAUACACACGUAUAUAAUAAUUAUAAUAAUAAUUAUAAUAACAAUAAUAAUAAUAAUAAUAAUAAUAAUAAUAAUAAUAAUAAUAAUAAUAAUAAUAAUAAUAAUGGAGAAUAGACCGACGCCACUACGUUCGAGGCGAGUAUGCAGAUUCUGCUUAACCGAGAGCGAACCUUUGAGUUUCAUAUACGAGAGGGAUCACAACAAGCCUUUCCAAGUGCCGCUAACCCUGCAGAUCAUGUCGUGCGUUGCCAUCGAGGUUUACGCAGCGGACGGGAUGCCGCAGAUGAUAUGCAACAUGUGUAGAUGGAACUUGGAUCGUUCUUACAAAUUCAAGUCGCAAUGUAAGAAAGCGGACGAAGCUUUAAGAGCUUACCCUUUGUCGGGUGUUUUGCCACGUCCCUUUCCGCCGAUACCGAACGAUCCACCGGAAAGUGGUACAAAGAGAUUGGCCGAACAGAGAACGCAAAACGAGAAUGUGAAAAAGCCACGCGUUGACAACGGGGACAGAGAUAGACGCGAUAACAGAGAACGAGACAGGGACAGAGAAAGGGAAAGGGAAAGGGAGAGAGAAAGACAAUCGGAAAAAGCACGGGAGAAGAGCGAGUCGCGUCAUGAUUUUUACGAGGAGGAUCAAGAUGCAGGUAGCGAGGGCGAACAAGAGUCUAACGAUACGAAAGAGGAACGAGCUAAGUUAGAACCCGGUGAGAUAAGGGUUCACGCGUGCGACCAAUGCGAACGUACAUUCCCACUUAGGCAGGCACUCGCCCUGCACAUUCAGCGUGCCCAUCGCGAUAGAAAUUACAAGUGCACCGAAUGCGACCGUAUGUUUUUCUCGAAAUACGAUUUGAGCAAGCACAUGGCCACUCAUUCCGAAGAAAAGCCAUUCUCGUGCCAGGUAUGUCACAAGCAAUUCUCACGAACGAGUUUGCUGCAGCGACACGAGAAGUUACAUCGCGACGAAUUACGUUUCGCUUGUCAACACUGCGAGCUCGAAUUUUUUACCAACGAGGAAUUGCAAAAGCACGAAGAUACGGUACACAAGAAGGACAAGCCCUAUCAAUGUAAUAUCUGUAACAAACGGUUCUCGUACAAACAAGGCUUGGAACGUCACGAGAUGAUGCACAACGAAGACAAGACGUUCGUUUGCGAAUAUUGCAAGGAAGCCUUUCGUACCAGUACGAAAUUAGCGCGACAUUUGACGACCCAUGCCGGGCAUAGGCCGUAUCUUUGCAAAUUAUGCCCGCGUACCUUCCUUCUAUCUCAUCAUCUAACGAGACACAUGCGCACACAUUCCGUCGAGAAGCGUCACGUUUGCGAGGAUUGCGGUAAGGCGUUCAAACGUAAGGAGAGUCUCGAGGUACAUCUCUUGACGCACACCAAACGCACCGGUAUGGGCUUGACCUGCGACGUUUGUCAAGAAUCGUGUCGCAACAGGGCGGAUUAUGUUACCCAUAUAAAGCAGCACAUCGAGGCAGGCGAAAAAAUGGGACCGGAUGGUUUACAGCCGGACAAUAAGAAUAAAGUUGAACUGGAUUCGGAAGAGGAAGAGGAAGAGGAGGAACAAUAUUCCGAUGGGGACGACGAUUACGAGCCGCCGGCUUACAUAAUCAAAAAACUUCCGAAGAGUAAGCCCACCGAGAGCGAGGAAGAGGUCGAUAGAGUCGACAAAGAGGAUCGUAAGGAACACGUGGUGUAUGUCAGGGGUAAGGACGGUAACAUGGUGAAAAAGACGAUCAAAACCUUGAUGCCGGUGCAACGCAGAGAGGUACAGGAUACGAAAACUAAAGCUAAUCCUAGCAACGCUCCGUCCAACGUCAAGACAACGCAAUUGAAGGACGAGAGUCAAAAGUCUACUCGCGUAGACGAUACCGAGGCACAGGUACAAAAGAUCGUAGCGUCUGUCUUUAAGGAACAUAAAAUCCCUUUGAAACAUCAGAACGUUGUUGGUCAGGAACUCGCGAAGGACGGUACACCGUCCUCUAGCAGCGGUCAAAGCGUCAAAUCUCAAACGUCGUCGCAAAGCUCACAGGGACAGGUAUCUUGCAAGGAGGAGAAAGUCGACAUAUCUACGAUCAGUGGUACCCCGAAAUCGGUGAACACGGUUAAGGUUAUCAAGAGAAUCGUGGUGAGGAAGCCAGGUACAAGUGGAGAAACCUCGACCGUAACAACGUCGACCAGCAAAGAGAGCGGUGAAUCGUCCAAUCUCGUGACCCAAGCUACGUCAUCGAGUGGACACAAGGUCACGAAAAGAGUGAUAGUACGUAGAAUCAUUCGACAGGGUGAUACCACGAGAGAGGUGAUCAUGAAUCCCGACGGUACGAUAAUAGAUCCGGCCGAAUUGGCUAAGUUGCCUACUGGUAAUGUCGUUAAAAGAGUUAUCGUUAAGAAGCCAUUGGAUAAAAGUUCGGGGUUGGUACAGGCAGUCCUUCAAUCCUCCCCGGAUACCCGACCAACCACAACCACGUUAAAAACGAACGAGUCCAUGUCAACGGAUUCGCCGAAGUUCGAGUUAAAGACCUCGCAAUCUUCGAACAUGUCAUCGUCGACGUCGAAGACCACGGUAGCGCAAAAAGUGAGUCUUACCAAGGGCGAUCAAGAAACUAAAGAGAAAUUGGAACAAUUGGAGAAACGCGUCGAACAGCAACGUCUUAAGAUCGAAGAGCUUCAAGCUAGGAAGCAACAGGAAUACGAGCCGAUAGACGAGAUGUUGCCAGAGAGACACGACGAGUCCGAGGACGAACAACAAUUACCAUUGAAGAGGGUAUUCGUAAAGAGGAAGCAAAGUAUUUACGACGAGGAACAGGAAUAUAACGAUGACGUUAAGCCUGUCGCAUAUAGCGGCACGUCCGAGAAAGAGGAUCACGAGCAGCAAGAGACUAAAGACGAUAAUCAGGAUAAUGUUCCAAAAUUACCUAUUGUAACGACUACGGCGACUACGACGACAACGAUGCCAACGAUAACGACGGAUUCCGUACAAAUCGAAGUUCCUUCGUUAUCGACAACGGUCGCUACAUUGACGACCGUACCACCGCCUACUACGACAGCCUUGGUAUUAGCCACUCCUAUUUCUACCUCGAGAAAAGAACCCAGACAAACGACCUUGACAAGCUCAAAGGUAUACGCCAACAAAAAGAUCAUCGUCGUUAAAUCCGAAGAAACGUCGGAGGUCGACGAAAUGAAUCGAGAACUUAGCAGCAUCCUCGAUUCGGCCGACACCGUUGCUAAGAUUCAAGAAACGGUAUUGACCAAUCUAACUCAAAUUUCGGCGGUCGCUGAUAACUCGCAAAAGUCUUACGCGAGUGAUAAGUUAAAAGGUACCUCGUCGCACGUAACGACCACGGCAUCUACUACUCCAAUGGAGAUCGAAGAGACAACGAUCGCUGAGCAAGAAACUAUCAACGAUAAGGAACAAGAAGAGAAUUUGAAGCUUCAAAGGGUCGUAACAAUGGACGUAUUGAACACCCAAGUUAUCGAAUUCAAGCCCGAGUUAGAACAGGCCACCGAACAGAUCGUCGAACAGGACGAUAAUCAAGAAUCGACUUUGACCUUGGACACUCAAGAUCUAUCGGAAUCCACUGAUAUCUUCGAACCAUCGGACAAUGUUCUCGAUGUACAGAAAAACGAUAAUACUUUGGAGGAUUCGGUCAUCGAGUUGCAUCACGAGAACGAUACGAUUAAUUUGAACGACACCAAUGACAGUCAAGACAGUCUCGAGGAUAAGCUCUCCCAAAUGGAGGGUUGAACAGAACUAUUUUAUUAUAUUAAAGUGUCUCCCAAAAUGGAUCCACGAUACUACUACUAUUACUACUACUAUUACUACUACUAUCACUACUAUUACUACUGCGACUACUAAACUUUUUAAAACAUCUUUAAACGAUCUAUUUCUUCUUCUACUUCUUUUUUUUUUUAGGUAUAAAUUUCUUUUUUUUUUUUUCUCUUUUUUUUCAAGGACAGUAAGACCCACGACCGACUUUUCAAAAUUAAUAUUCCCGAAUAAACGUUAUUGCAUUGUCACAUAUACAUAUACAUAUACAUGUACAUUUUAUCCAUAUGUGCAUUCGUUCUUUACAACUAUAAUCACACAUACACAUACACAUACGUGCACUUUUUUCUUUGAUGAAACAAUUGUUUAACGAUCGUCGUACGGAUUAGAUGAUGAUAUUCACAUUUUCUUUUAUUACGUAUGCGUUAUUAUUUUAAACAGUCUAUUUCGAUCAGGGAAAAAGGAAAAGAAAAGGGAAGGAAAGAAAUAAAAGAAAAGAAAAAAGAUAGGACGGGGGGACAAAAAGAAAGAAAGAAAGAAGAAAAAAGAAGUAAGGAUUCAUUUGAAAGUAAUUCAUCUUUUUUUUUUAGUAGUAAUACACAUUUUAGCGAUUUAUUAAACAUGUUUCGUCAAACAUGUUUAAAUAUAUGCGCCGAAUGCAAAAUUAUAAUUAAUUAGUUUUGAGUGUCCAAGGGAUACGUCAUUUUAAUAAGAUGUGAAGUUAUAUAUAUAUGUAUAUAUAUAUAUAUAUAUAUAUAUAUAUAUAUGUGUAUAUAUAUAUAUAUAUGUAUAUGUAUGUAUGUAUGUAUACAUACGUAACUUCUAGUGUGCAGUUAAGAAUUAUGCGAAAUUAAGGAAUGGUGGUGCAUAUAUACAUAUUACGAAUUGUUUUAAGAGUAUUUGAAAUUAUCUCUAUCAGAUAAAAAAAAAGAAAAAAUAUAUAUAUUAUGACAUAUACGUAUUAGUAAACAUGUUGUAUAUGCUAAAUGUCAUUGGUCUUAUUAUUCAAUUUUGUUUGUUUUUUUUUUCUUUUUUUUUAUAGUUUCGUUUUUUUUUUCAGACAUCCCACCCUGGAAAAUAAGAUAAACAUCGAUUGUACAGUUUUAUACAAUAUAUAUAUAUAUAUAUACAUAUAUAUAUAUAUGUAUAUAUACAUAUAUAUACUUUAUUUUCUAUGGCAGAUGGUAGCUUGCAUAUAUUAAAAUGUACAUUUUAAUUGUCGUCGUAUUAACAUUAAUCAUGUAUACAUCAUCUCGGUUUAUAUAAAUAUUUUCAAAAAAUAUUUCGACAUCUGAAUUUACGAAAAAAAAAGAAAGGAAAAGUAAUAAUGAUAAUGAUAAUAAUGAUAAUAAUAAUAAUAAUAAUAAUAUUAAUAAUGAAGAAGAAAGAAAAACGUGUAUGGUCGAUAGAUUAAAUAAUAUAUAUAUAUAUAUAAUAUUAUAUUAUGAAAACAAAUCUUUUCAUUUAUUGUGAAUAAUAACGAAAAACAUAAUGAGAAAUUAAUUAGUUGUUACCAUAACUAUGUGGAAUUAUAUAUACUUUAUAAAUAUAUCUCUUUUCUUUUUUUCUUUUUUUCCUUUUUCUUCAAUAAUCGACGUAUCAGGAUUUUGAUCAUUUUUUAUUGUAUUUGAUUUUUUUAUUUUCCCCUAAUGUAAGCGAUCAAAUACGAGACGUUACUUUAAUAAUGUAAAAAAAGAUAAGCGGAUAAACAAUAUAAUUGUGUUAGAUGGUUUGGCGAAAUCGUUUUUUUUUUCUCUCUUUUCUUUUUCUUAUUUUUCUUUUUUUUUUUAAUUUUUUUAUUCUUUUUUUUUAAUUUUCGUUUUUCUUUGAUUGUCGUCAAUGCCGUUAGAUAAGUCGUGGCAUGGGAUAUGCGUUGAGUGUGCGGACAGAACCGUAAUACGAUAAUUCGAGAUUAUUAAUUAACAAUUAACGAAAUUAUAAUUCGUGAAAACUAAAUUGUCGCAAGUGUGUCAAUAUGCAUUUCAUAAUUAUAUAGUUAAUCGUCUUUGGCCUGUCUAAGUGUUCUCUUUUUUUUAG